GAGUGCCCUUAUCACGAUCGUUCGCGCUUCUUCCACCUCUGGAAACCACACCGAAUCCCGCCUCCGAAACCCUAGUCUCCUCCGCCGCCGCCGGCGUAGCCGACUGCGACAAGGAGGGCUUCGACUGGAGAAGAAAGCAACACGUCGACGAUAAAUCCCAGGGUCUGGUUCUGGAGCUUGGCUGCUGGUUAAUAGUUCGGAAGGAAGGGAUGAUGACCAUCGGUUAUGUGUCGCAAGAUGGAAAAUCCUGUCUGCUUCCAGGGAUACCCAGAAGAGCUAUUCUGUCAUCGUAUUCAUGUCAUAGAAGCCAGCAGCUGUUCGUUGGUAGCAAACCCAUCCCUUCCUUUAGUUCAAUGAGGACAUCUGUGACUUGCAAUGCUAGUUAUAACAAUUAUAAGAGAAAUCCUGAUUUCUCUAGACAACCGAAGGGGUCUUCAAGGGGCAAGAAGAAGCAAUCUCAAGAGUCUGAGCAGUCUGACAACACUGAAGUAAUGGAUUUUAUGUCCUCCAAAAAUGGGUCAUUGCUUUCUCCAAGUGCUAAUACUAGAUAUCAGGCUACUGCAACUUCAGGACAAAGAGAGAGAGAAAUAGUUGAGCUGUUCCGGAAAGUUCAAGCACAAUUACGAGAGCGGGCUGCAAUCAAGGAAGAGAAGAAGAUUGAAGCUGCACAACAGGGUCAAAGCAAGAAGGGAACUGUCACUUCGGUUCUCAAAUUAUUAAGGAGGCAUUCAGGGGAUCAGAAGAAGACAACUAGUCCAGGAGAGGAAUUUUCUGUUGACCAAGUAGAAAGAAGCAACACAUUUGAGGAUGAGCAGAAUAUAAAUCCCUUUGGCCCUAGUGAUAGCAAGUCAGAGGAGUCUGAUGUACGAGGCCCUCUUCCUUCUGCUAGGCCUGCCUCAAAUUUUAGUAGAAAAUCUCCUGUUCCUAGAAUGGAGUUGCAACCUGUACUUUCAGCAGAGGAGGAUAUCAACUCUGCUCCUUCCGAGUCACGAGGGAGAAGGAAGAAGACUGGCGAUUAUGAGUCUGUGCAAUCAGCACCUGUGGAGUCUGUUGUGUUGGAUGGUCCAGAUGAGUUAUCAUCAGAUGAUCAGUUGGAUCCUUCUGGUUCUGAUGAAACUAUAGAAUCAUCUUCUACCGAAGCUUCUCCUGAUUUGGGUUCCUUGAAACUUUCAGAAUUGAGGGAUCUUGCAAGGUAUCGAGGGGUCAAAGGGUAUUCCAAACUCAAGAAAGGAGAACUGGCUGAAUUAUUGAGUGCUUGAUGCUUCACAUGAACGGUAAAAGAAAAAAAAAGUAUGAUUGUAUAUAUGUAGCUCAUCUUUUCCAUGUUUUGUUUUUGACAAUUAAACAUUGUUUAUUGUUGUUUUGGGAGUUCGUUUUCUCCAUUGUCUUACUGUCUGAUGCAUUUGUUAGAA